ACUCCAAUACUGUCUUUAGCAGUUCGUCCACAUUAGUCUGGAAGGGAAUGUUACGCGGUGUAGUGAUUCGUCGGUUAGUGCUUUUUGCUUUAUUUCAUAGUGCAAAAAUCAUCUCAUUAGCUACACUCAGUUUACCGCAAUAGAAAUAGUCCUAAACGUGUUUAGAAACUAAUAGAUAAAUAAAUUAAAAAUUGCGUCUUGUUCAGGGAGUUUAGUGAUUUUUGAUACACAAAGAGCAUUGAGAUGCUUAACAACGUGGUCAUGCAUAAAAAGCUUUGGCUGGAUUAUGAGUGAAGCCGGCAUGUGAAGCAACAAGCCAAGCAGUGAAAUUAUACUAGUAUUGUUGGAUUACUUUGUGCACCAGUAGCAGCAUAAUAAUCACGGAGGAAUAGCAAAGACGGGCUGAUACGGUUUUGUUUUUGAGAAAUACCAUAGUACCUAAUUGUUUUAAAUAAAAUUGGAAUAUAUGGAACAACUUUUAAAUCAUGAUCGGAUAAGUGAUUAUAGUGCGUUGCAGUGUACAGUGUAUGUAGAAGAAAAUAAAAGUUGCAAUGCUGCCUAAAAUAAGAAGAAAAUAUUAAAAAAACGUGUCAUUUUGUGAUGUAGUGCAGAUGAGCGUAUGCACUAUCUUAGCGUAACCAACUCACCUACUGAGGCUGCCAUCUUUACUAUCGGAUUAACGACUACAGCAACAUCCUACUACUCGACUAGCAUCCAAGUUCUACACUUAGGGCAUUGGAUGAAACAAUCUCAACUUCCUUAACACAUUUACACGAAUGAGGCCAGAAUCGUGCUGUAGCACAAUGAACAGGAUUUACUUUUUCUGUAUUCUAUACUUCACUUCAAUGUUCCUAUUUACCGAGAUCGAAGGCUCGGGACUGUUUGAGCUCAAACUAAAACACUUCACAAACGAACGAGGGGUGGAUAAUGAAGGAGCUUGUUGUUCAGGACGAUCGGACACGAAUGGCAACUGUAUGGGUGCGUGCAAAACUCGAUUUCGUGCGUGUCUGAAACAUUACCAAGCCAAAAUUGAUACAUCAUCGCCAUGCACGUUUGGAGAUUUCACUACCCCUGCUUUGGAAGGAAACUUGCUAAAUUUGACCCAAAAAAGCAAACAAGAAGGAUUUGAAAAUCCGAUACGGUUUCCUUUUGAGUUUGGAUGGCCGGGUACAUUUACACUUAUUGUCGAAGCAUGGCUCGAUACAAACGAAACCACAUCAAGGUCUCCUGGUGUUUUGAUUUCUCGACUCUCGAUUCAACGAGUGCUGGACGUUUCGGCAAAGUGGACCGAGGACAGUUAUAAUACAUCGCACGCGGUUAUGCAGUACGCAUUCCGUGUUACUUGUGACGCAUCUUACUACGGCGCAGGAUGCGCUAAUCUCUGUCGAAAACGCGAUGAUCAAUUUGGCCAUUACACAUGUUCGCCAACUGGCGAACGAGUUUGUCUCGCGGGAUGGCAAGGAGAUUAUUGCACUACUGCCCGUUGCACUCCUGGAUGCGAUGAACAGCACGGCCAUUGCAGUAAACCGAAUGAAUGCAUAUGCCAAUCCGGUUGGAAGGGGCCAUUGUGUGAUGAAUGUGAACCGUAUCCUGGAUGUAUGCACGGAACGUGUAAGAAACCUUGGGAAUGCCUCUGCAACGAAGGCUGGGGUGGACUGUUUUGUAAUCAGGAUUUGAAUUUUUGUACCAAUCACAAACCUUGUCAAAAUGGUGGCACAUGCUUUAACACUGGUCAAGGAUCAUAUACGUGCAAAUGUCCUCCGGGAUUCACUGGCACAGAAUGUGAAGUUCGCAUUAGUGAUUGUGCAGCCACACCAUGUCUGAAUGGUGGCAUAUGCAAUGACCAGAAACCUGGAUAUCAAUGUGAAUGCUCAAAAGGGUGGACUGGAACUCAUUGCGAGCGAGAGACAGUAACAUGUGCAGAAAAACCGUGCGUGCAUGGAACCUGUAAGGAUACGAAUGCCGGUUUCAAGUGCGAGUGCCCUGUUGGCUAUAGCGGAAUUGCUUGCGAGAUACAAAUAAACGAAUGUAAUCCAAGCCCUUGCGAAAAUGGGGGAAGCUGCCUUAACAAAGAAGAUACAUUCAAAUGCCAAUGUCCCAGCGGCUAUAAUGGAGUGAGAUGUGAAGUAAAUAUCGAUGACUGCCAAGGUAAUCCCUGUUAUAACGGAGGAUCAUGCGUAGACAUGGUUAACCAGUUUCGCUGCCAAUGCGUUCCAGGCUUUAUAGGAUGGCUUUGUGAAAAUAAAGUAGAUUUAUGCUUGACGAAACCAUGCGCAAAUGGUGGAACUUGCACGAAUUUGAACAAUGACUAUAAAUGCAAAUGCCGAGCUGGCUUUGCUGGCAAAGACUGCAGUGUCGAUCUCGACGAAUGCAGUUCCUCACCAUGUAAAAAUGGAGGCACAUGUGUGAAUCGUGUCAACAGUUUUCAGUGUGUUUGUGCGGGUGGAUUUCGGGGCGCAACAUGCGAAGAAGAAGCUCUAUCUACUAGUUGGGACUCUGCAACGGGUAGUAUCUCGGCACAUAUCGCGAGCGUUCAUCACGAAGCACAAAGUGGGCGGAGUGAUGGUCUCAGUAGCGGACAGAUUGUAUUGAUUGCAAUUUUCUCAGUAGCAGUACCUUUAGCUGCUUUAAUUGCCACGGCUGUAGUGAUUUGCAUGAAGCGUAAACGUCGCAGAGAACAGGAAAAGGAUGACGCCGAAGCACGCAAACAAAACGAACAGAAUGCGUCACACAUGACGCACCAUCAUCAAAAUUCUAUGUCAUCAUCGAAAAGAAGCAGCAACAGUGCUUUAACAAACUUAGAUACAUCACAUCAUAUGAUCAAAAAUACAUGGGAUAAAAGUGUUAACAAUAUGGCUGCUUCGGCAAGCCUAGACGAUGGGUGCUUGAUGAACAGUAGUUUAUAUGGUGGUAUUCCCGGUGCCACGUACAGCGACGCUAAUUCCGGCAGCAGCGAACAGUGCUAUCAGGCGGCUCCCAUUUCAAAUACCCUGCAACGUGCCAAAUCACAGAAACAGCUGAACACCGAUCCACUGGUGAUGCAUCGAGCAUCGCAGAUGAUUUUGACAGUGGGAGGGCCUCAGUCGUCGCAAAUGUCAGUGGUUGGAGCAAUCGCGACACCUGCUUCGGCUACAACGUCGACUUCAUCAGCAGCAGCGGCCAGUACCAAAGAUAUGAUGCCGGAGAAACGAAUAUCGGUGCUAUCCGAUGCCAGUUUAUGUAACACUCGAUGGAGUGCAGGUCUGCAAACCCGACAAACCAUCGGUCCGUGCAGUCCACCGCACGUUUAGAAUUUUAAUACCUUUUUAAAUUAUAACAAUUUCUUUUAUGAGAUCUCUUUCGUUUAUUUAAACGAAUAUGCGCUGAUUUAUCAUUUUUUCAACUAUCACAAUAACAAUCAAAAAACGGUAGAGUGUUAGGUAGUUGAUUUAGUUUUGAUUUUUCUCUCUCUAUAAUUGCGCAUCAAAAAUAUUCUGAUACUUAGUUUAGUCUUCUAUCUGAUCCAAUAUGAAAAUCAUCAAGCAGAAAUUGUAAAUCAUAAAUUCUCCAUCAACAUGCAGAAAGUUUUGCAUAUUGUACAAUAAUAUAACCGAAUUGAACAAAAAAAAAAACAGAAUACAGACAUCUUGAAGAAACAUCAUUUGCAGAACCAGAAGUACACAUGUGUUAAAAAAACAAACGAGCCUCGCUUAUUUCGAUUUCCGCAUGGAAAUGGAUCUCGAUUACUAUGUUUUAACUGCAAAGGUUAUAAUUGUGUUACAAACUAAUACUACAAUGCUCGUCGAAGGCCAGUUAACAAUUUCUGCGUUGGUUAUAUUGUAUAAAAUACUUAAGUCGUAAUGGAAUCUGAUGUAUAUUCAAGUGUAAAUUUGAUUCUUCAUUUGUUCUCAUGCCAAUAUACAUUUUGUUCUCAUGCCAAUAUACAUUCAAUCAAAGGCUUGAUGUUUUACCAUUCAUUUUUUUUUUUCAAUUUAAAUCUUGGUAUAGCAUUUUCCAGUUGACAAUGAAAAACAGAAAGCCGCAAAUGUAACUGAAUGAAAGAGAGAACGUAGAUAUUUAUUUUAAAACAUGGUUUUCAUAGUGCUAUCUUCCAUAGGUUCACAAGAGCCACAUGACGCAACCAUAUCUCCCUGUUGACGAUUAAAUCAAUUAAGUAACCAUAUAUAAAAACUAAAAACUAUACACUGUACAUUUUUUAUGAACAAGAUAGGUUAAAUUUUUAAGUCGAAACAUUCGAGAGAAGUGUUCUGUGUGGAAUCUCCGGCAGGAUCUCCUGUAUAUGUAAAAAGUUCUGCUAUGCAGGACUUGCUUGAAUUGGAAUCUGUAUGAAAUGGUAGAAUUUCUAAAGUAUUUAUUUAUUAUGUUUUCUGCAUUGCUCAUAUCAAUUAGUAGUUACACAACACGACUACACGUAAUAACUUUACCUAACCAUCGACUACGACAGUUGCCCGUAGCUUGUAUCUAAAUUAUCCAUUGACAUUAAAUUGUGCCGUCGCAUACUCGUGCUUAACAAACUUCCUUCUCAAGCUAAACAAUUAUAGGGAUUUUUGCUGACUGCGAGUAUAGCAUUGCUUUGAAAUGAUUCCACUGCCAUAAAUGUUUUUUAUGAACAGUAUCAAAAACAUUAGGCUGCCAGCAAAGCGGCAAUUUAUGACAAAUUUAUUCGAUAACACAAUUGUAUCAUCCUCAAUUCUAAUCUUUUAUCAUUUGUUCAAAUAAUUUUAUAGCCAGUUGAAGGAACAAGUGUAUUCCGCACAAUCACAGCAACCCAUGACAGCUGUAAGCAUUUCAUCAAAACGAUUGUAUUUUGACCAUGGCUUACUGUGAUACCUGUUCUCUAAUAGUAUAAACAAACUCAAAAUCAUGACAAACGUAAUUUAUAAAACUCAAUACUCUCUACAGACCUGUGAUUUGCUACUAUAACUUGAUGCAUACACUACAGUAAUUAAUCGCAAAUGUAAUUUCAUGAAUCGAUUAGCUAUAUUGUGUUCAUCGAGUAUAACAGUACCAUUGCCAGCGUCGCGAAUUAUAAAAUCACACGACUGUCGUGAGUAUAACUUAGGAUACGAAAAAUAAAAGUAUUGUGAUCCAUACUUAAUUUUAGCUCAUAGGUCAUAGGUUGUAUUAAAUAUUCAAACAGUAAUUUAACUGAUAAGCAAAGAAGAAAAAAACUAAGUCAAACAGUUUACAUAUUUUUGUAAAUUGCAACUUUAUAUAAUAUAUUGAACCAAUUGACUGAAUUGAAAUUGUUUUAUGAAUAAAACUAAAAAUAAGUGCAACAGAAGAA